AUGUAGCUUCCCGACUGCUUGCAAUAACAAUGGGCAGCGAGCGGCCAGGCCGAAAGAGAAAUAAAGAAGGGGGAAAAAGCAUAAAAGCCCGUAGUUGCACGCCACGGAAGCAAUAUGGAACUCAUCAGAAGACAUUCAGACAAAACCAUUUCUCUGCCUCCUCCAUCUGAUGUCGACACCGAUCCACUCAUUCCACGGUCGGAACCCACCACCGUUCCGCCCGCGAGUCUUUCUUAGACCCGGAGUUUCGUCUCUUCCAUCGAUCAACCCCACAUACCCGGGGCCGCAGCGAUGCACCAUGUGUCUUGACCCUAAUUGCGAGGCUCGAACUGCGCUGCGUUACAUGUGGAACGCGCAGCAGUACCUGUCGAAUGCGCAAAAAAAGCUGGUUUUCAUACAUCAUGAGCGUUGCCGUAUAAACGAAGAACAUUGCGACAUUUUCCGUCUGCCCAUUGUGCUUCCGACUCACGAUGUCAGCGGAGAAUGUCGAAGCAGAUACUAUCGUGCUCUGGGUCUGGCGACUCGGAUGCACCAUCUCGAUCAGCGCGAGCGUGUGUUGCGAGAGGGCUGCCGGAAGGCCCAUCAAGCUUUGCUGAUUCAGUUGGCCAGGUUCGGAGGGAUCAAUGAAAUCUCAGUCAUCGCAACCGAAUCGCAGAUGGGACCACAAGAGGACCACAAGAGCAGCCACGAGAGCGCCGCAGAACAAGCGACGCGUAAACUUUAUAGCCUUUGUUUGCACCUGCUGGUCGCGUAGGUGAAGGGCAGUCACAUGGGUGCCGAGACGUGAUUUGUACGGAUUCGAUGUGGGAGGAACUUGCGCAAGAAACACAUGGGGGGAGGCGAGAGUUGGAAGUUCUUGAUACUGCGUGCCCAGGACGUUUUGCCGGGUGUCAAAUUGAACAGAAAAGUUGUGUCAUGUACGGAGUACUGUGCCAAAGCUAGAUGCCCCCUCCCACAUUCUUUUGCUCCUUUCAUGCCAUUCCUUGCUCUCAACGUCGGCUUUGUUAGACACUGGUAUCGGUCGCUUCCCCACCCAAUAUGAUGUUUGUAUCUGGCGAGUUACAUACAGUUCUUAUCAUAAGUCACUUCCUCUCUCGCAAACAUUCUCAAUCUUUGAGAAGCCGAAAGUUGCUGUGAUGGGCCUCCGCAAACCUCUGGUGAUGGCUGUGACGGUUG